AUGAUGGUUAGAGAUGGAUUUUCAAUGACUGUGCCUGACAGUGCCUGACAUCUUGGUAAUGUUUUCUGUGUAGCGUUGUCGAAAAAUUUCAUUCAUUUCCAGAUUUAGCUAAAAAUAUCUGAUAAAUCAAUAAAAUUUGGCGAUAGCUACCGGCGUAAAUAUUUGCCCACAGCUCUGCAGAACUAUCUGGUCUCGAAAAGUAUGGAGGAUCAAAUUCUAGAUGAGCUCAGAAACGUCGGGUAUGAGGGCCCCUUUCUGGAUCGGAACUAUGCCUGCACGGCCAUCGGUGCCGGUGCCAAGAGUGGCGAGUUCCAGGAUAUGGUGAUCUGGCUGACCGAUGAAAUCCGGAUUCUGGGAAAGUUGGAUGAAAAAAUCUCGAAAAGCGAAGACGCCAAUACUUUCGUGCUGGAGCUGUCUGGGUUCUUGAAGGAACUGACCUGUCCGUAUGCGAAUCUCACCUCGGGUCAUGUGUCCGACCGGCUGCAGACGUACGACUCGAAGAUAAUUCUGUUGGAGUAUCUGAUCAACGAGUUGAUGGCGUUCAAGAUGAUUGAAUCUUUUAAGCCGAAGGAGAAGGCGAAUGUAAUCACGCUGUUCGAGUCCCCCACGGCUUCGGCAUUGAAGGAUAUCUCGAUUACGUUGGGACUGGGCAGGCCUCCCAACAACAUUCCGGCUAAGGUUUUGUUCGAGAAGAUCAAUGUCCAUCUGGACGACACCAUUCGAGUUUCGGGGGAGAAACGACUGAGCACUCCCUUGUUUACCCCGAAGCAAAAGCUAACAAUGGAGCAAUGGAACAAGCUGGAUAGCUUACAGAAGGAUUUGGACAGCGAGUACGAUAUGAGGCGGAAGAUGUUACUCACUCGGUUGGAUGUCACGAUCCAGAGCUUCAAGUGGUCUACCCGGGUGAAGGGAAAGGACGGCCAAAUGAACGAGCGGUAUGCCGAAAAGCGUAAAAUACUAGACUCCUUGCAAACGGGAGGAAAAGAUACGGAUUUGGCGGCAUUGCUAGGUGCCCGGGAGAUCAUGGCCAUUAUCGAGAAAACCAGCAGCGCCAGCGUUCGGAAGAACACCAAGAGUAAAAUUCAGCGGCACAUUAUUGGCCGGGUUCCGGACCGGGGUGGACGUGCCUACGAACACAAGCCACCCCCGCUGGAAAUGCCUUCGUGGCAAACGCAACGAAGCACGGGUGGACCCGGAGGUGGUGGCCAACGAGGAGGAUUCGGCGGUGGACGGGGUGGCCAUCAGAACCGUGGUGGCGGGGGAGGAGGAUUCCAGCAACACGGCGGACAUCAGCAGCAUGGUGGUUACCAGCAACAACAGCAACAGGGUGGCUACAACCAAGGAGGAGGUGGGGGCGGUUACAGCCAGGGAAGUCAGUCGGGCGGAAGUUACCAGCAAAGCCGCGGUGGAGGCGGUGGAAGCCGUGUGCAAGGGGGCUGGUCACAACCUCAAAAAGACUACAACCAAAGCUACAGCGGUACUAAUAGCAGUAGCGGGUACAGUUCCGGAGCAGGUCGAGGAUACUCGAGCAGUGACCAGUACAGCAACAGUUCUGGAGGGUCUAGCUACCGCGGUGGGGGUGGCGGUGGCGGAUCAGGAUAUGGAGGAGACCAGCAAUAUAAUAGGGGUAGCUCUGGUGGGGGCGGUGGAUACGACAACAAUCGAGAUCGUGGCUACGAUAAUGAUUACAAUCGUGGUGGCGGCGGAAGUGGUCGUGGCGGAAGUGGCGGUGGUGGCCGGUCCAACUACAACCGCGGUGGGCGUCGCUAAACAAGAGAUUAAGCAUGAUGAAAGGCAUUUUUUCCAAUUGUCCAAUUCUAUUGAGAUAAGCUUCUUCUCAUUGAAGAACACUAACUACUGUACCGGUACAUUCUAUUGUAGAAAAGUGUGUUCGUAGGAUGUCUCUUCGAAUCAUUACGAUUAAUAUAAAUUUGCUAAGGCUUGAAAAAUAAGUAA